AUGGCCAGUCUCAAAAUCAAACCGCGCAGAAAAGCUCACCAGCUCGACGGCGGCUCCGGUGGGAAUGGGAUACUCCGAUUGCCGGUGGAAAUUCUGCGGCACAUUGUCUUUUUCUUACCCGUUGGAGAUGCAGUAUCACUGUCAGCUUCUUCAAAGACGUGGCGAAAUGUCUGGACUUCUCUUCCAGUCCUCAACCUCAACUUCGAUCAUGACGAUGAUGUCGUCACUCUCGACGACUUCGUCGCUUCAAUUGACAACGUUUUGUCAACCUUAAGAUCUCGCAGCGCCAUAAUCGAGGGCUUCUCCUUGACGAUGAAUCCGUAUAAAGAAGAGGGUUCGAAAUUGGAAUCGAAAUUGGAAUCUCACCUUGAUGAUUGGCUGUCUUUAGUUAUGAAAAAUUAUAUCAAGGAGAUCAAUCUUAGGGUUUCUGAUUCUUCGGACAAUGUCUUCUACACUUUACCCCAAUCAGUUUUCACUUUGAAAUCUUUAGUCAAACUUCAGCUGAUAGGUUGCAAAUUCCCGCCUAACAUUUCGUUCGCUGAUCAUGAUAAUGAUAAAAAAUCCAGAUUUCAUGAAUUUAACUGUCUUAGAGAGAUAACCCUGGAAGAUGUUAUUGCUCGUGAUGAUCAAAUCCAGGACAUUGUGGAUCAUGCCAGGGACUUUCUUGAAAAGCUGACUAUUAAAACGCAUCCUCCCUUAAAAUUUCUGAGUCUGGAAUUCUUCUCGAAGCUUGAUUUCAUUGAAGUAAACGUUAAGACAUUGCUGUUAAAUCAUGCUAUGAAUCUGGAUACAGUGAUUCUAUAUGGGAUUCGUAGAGUAUAUGCUUUUGGGGUAUGGAACAUAAAGACAUUAAGAUUCUUAACAUGGGACACCAGUGCCUACACAUCGAUCAAAACAUUUAUCUCCAGCCUCCCUCUUGUGGAGACGAUACAACUGUUUAUGGAUCACAAUGAGAACAUACAGAUUCAAAGUUCUCAUCUUCAGACUUUGUUUUUGUAUGAAGGUCAAAGGUUUGAGGAGCCUAUAGUGGUGGAGAUUGAAGCUCCUAAACUCAGCAAAGUCCAUUUCACUGGCUUUUCUUUUCCUAUGAUUACAUUACUGAGAAGGACUCAGAAAGUUGAGCUUCAUCAUUUUGGUCAUCCCCUUGGUGGUAUUGAUAGCUCUCAACUUUACAGGCUUGGAAAGUUUUCACGAAACGUGAUGCAGCCAAUGAUAGAAGUACACUUGCAUCGGAUUUUUAUUGAGAAUCCGCUAAGUUUGCAAGAGCUAAAAGAACACGCAGUGGGCUAUCAUCCAACAAAUGUGACCAUGGUGGUCCUGGAAUGCAUUCCACCAACUUCAGAUUAUUCAUAUUUUCUCGAUGCCUUGUUCUGGACCUGUCAUCCCACUCGUCUAAUGAUCUUGAUGAAUAAAGAAGAAACCAUAAAAUCACCUCACAAGGCCGGUUUCAUUCGAUACCUUGUAGAUGAGUUGGUGAAGAGGGAAACGAAUCCAACAUGCUGUGUUGAACGUAACAGACCCAAAUGCUGGAGGCAUUACAUAGCAGACGUGAAGUUAGAAUUGUACAGAAGCUCGCGUGAGUUUGAUGAGGAGGAACUCACAGAUAUACCAGUUGAAAUGGCAGAAAACGGCACUUUCUCUAUUGUUGAAACCACUAACAAAGGAAUUGUUGUCCAAUUUAGGCUUCUCUGGUUGGGAUUUCCAGUUUAA